CCCUGCGAGGCUGCGACGUCUUUUUUAGUCUCGUUUGCUUGACGGCCCCCUUUCUUACUACUUAAAUUUUUCGCCAACCCCAUUUCCUACUGUCUAUCUCUACCCAGCCGUGAUAGCUUGCGACAAGUCAUCAUGAAGCGCAUCUUCAAUUCCUUCAGCAGGCGAUCCAGUCCCGCGCGCGACUCCCCUUCGUACCCCGAGGGCUCCCCGGAAGGUAUCAUACUUAGAGAAGUGACCGCGUUCUGCGAAUCGGGCCCCAACAGCGCCAAUGGAGACGAGUUCGUCCACCUUCCUGCCAUCGUCGAGAGCGCCGAAUCCAGCCCCAACGCCGCCCGCGAAGCCGCCCUUCGCAUCUCCAAGCUGUUGUCCAAUCCCGCCAAAGCCCGGAGCAAUGUGCAAUACAAUGCGAUCAUGCUCAUGCGCAUCCUCAUCGACAAUCCAGGACAUACCUUUUCGCGGAACAUCGACGCCAAGUUCGUGGCGACUGUGAAGGACCUCUUCCGCAACGGGCGGGAUAUGAAUGUACACAGCUUUUUGCGGGAUACGUUGGAUUCUUUGGAAAUGCAGCGGGCAUGGGACGAAGAUCUCGCGCUGCUCCUAGGGAUGUGGAGCAAGGAGAAGGAAAAGUAUGCUCCCAAGAAUACGGGUAAUCCCGGCUUGACACAACCCCUGGUCCAGCCAUACCGACAGACCCCAAACUACUUCAACGCCCCCAAUCAGAACCAGCAUGGCGGGCUACCACAGCCCGAAGAACUCUCCGCACGCAUCUCCGAGGCCAAGACAUCCGCGAAGCUCCUCAUCCAAUUCGUCCAAUCCACGCCUCCGGCCGAGAUGCUCGAGAACGAGCUCAUCAAAGAAUUCUCCGACCGGUGUCGCACCGCCUCCCGUUUCAUCCAGAACUACAUCCAUGCCACAAAUCCCGCCCCAGACGAGGAUACCCUCGUGACGUUGAUCGAAUCCAACGACGAACUGUCCGUCGCCCUGUCCAAGCACCAGCACGCCUUGCUCCAGGCGCGUCGCGCCCAGGGACAAUCCGGCAGCCAGUCGCCUGCAUCUUCCAGUCAGGCCUCGUCCUCUGGCGCCGUGCAACCCCCAGCCCCGGCAGCAGCAGGAGCUUCUGCGCCGCCGGUGCCGCCUCGGAAUCAAACGCAAAGCCCGCUAUCCUCGGGCUCUUCUUCGACUGCUCCGGUCCUUCCGCGCACGUAUAGCAACGGCGCAGGCCGGUUUGAGUACCGAUCGGAGGAUUUCCAGGUGCAGAACCCGUUUGCUGAUACUAGCGCACCUGCUGCUACUGGUGCUGCUCCUGUGGCUCCUGCGGUAUAUGGUGAUCAGCAGCAGGCUCGCCCGGAGGGGUCAUCUCCUGAUUGGUGGGCGGAGGGACAGCAGCAGCAGCAGCGACCGGUACAGCAACAUUAUUAAGAUUGUAUGCACUGUAAGGUGGUGAUUGGAUAAUGAUUUUUGUUUGACUUUUGAUGUAUCGAUACCUUUUGUGAUACCUCUACCGCGGAGUGAAUUUGAUUUGCC